AUGUCCCGCGAAGGUUUUCAGAUCCCAACCAACCUGGACGUCGCUGCGGCCGGUACGUCGCAGGCCAGAUCGGCCACUCUGAAGUACAUCUGUGCGGAAUGCUCAAGCAAACUGUCGUUGUCGAGGACAGAUCCCGUCCGUUGCAAGAACUGCGGUCACAGAAUCCUGUUGAAGGCUAGAACGAAGAGAAUGGUGCAAUUCGAGGCCAGGUGA